UGUGCAAAGUCCCACAGAUUUUUGACUUUCUUUUAUUUUUGGAUAACAGCACUUAGUUUGUAGAUUUUAGCUGUCUCCGUCGCCUUCUUCCGUAUUCAGUUGCAAUUCAACCACAAGGAACAACCACCGACGGCAUGCUUUCACUUGCCAAACACACCGCCAGAGCUCUAACGACCGCCAUCCGCCGCCGCAAAACCACUGUUGGGGUGACGUCAUUGUGGUCGAUUUCGCGCCAAAAAUGGGACGGAGUGGAGUACGAUCACAUUAGGGCUGACGUCAACUGUCCCCGAUGCUCCAACCAAAUGCCCGUGCUUUUCUCUAACCGCCCACUCUCUAUCACGGCUCGGGAGCCAGGCCUCUACCAGGCUCUCAAUCUCUGCCCUAACUGUAAAACGGCCUUCUAUUUCCGGCCGUUUAAGCUGGUUCCCUUGCAGGGGAGCUUCGUGGAACUGGGAAGGAUCAUGGGGGACGCCGAGGGGAUUUCGGGGAAAGAACCCGGGCAGAUUGGUAAACUCAGUGAUGACAAUGAUGACGCUGAUGAGGACAAAGAUGACGUGGCGAGGAGGCUGGAGAGGGAAUUGCCCACCCCGAAGGAGAUUUGUGGGAGGCUGGAUGAGUUUGUCAUCGGCCAACAAAAGGCAAAGAAGGUGCUAUCUGUAGCAGUUUACAACCACUACAAAAGGAUAUAUCAUGCCUCCCAGCAGAACGAGGCUUGUAUAUUGGGUGAUGAUGAAAAUGAUGCCAAUGAUUUUGUUGAAUUGGAUAAAAGCAAUGUACUGUUGAUAGGUCCUACUGGUUCAGGGAAAACAUUACUUGCAAAGACACUAGCACGCAUUGUGAAUGUGCCAUUUGUCAUUGUCGAUGCAACAACUUUAACACAGGCAGGUUAUGUUGGAGAAGACGUGGAAUCAAUUUUGUACAAGCUACUUGUGGAAGCUGAGUUCGAUGUUGAAGCAGCUCAGCAUGGGAUUGUAUAUAUUGAUGAAGUUGAUAAGAUAACUAAGAAGGCUGAGAGUUCGAAUAUUGGUAGAGAUGUAUCUGGAGAGGGUGUUCAACAAGCAUUGCUGAAAUUGCUGGAAGGAACGAUAGUGAAUGUUCCCCUUCCUGAUAAAGGAGCUCGGAGGUAUCCUCGUGGUGACAGCUUUCAGAUCGAUACAAAGGAUAUACUUUUCGUAUGUGGUGGGGCAUUUAUUGAUUUGGAGAAAACCAUUUCAGAAAGACGGCAAGAUUCGUCUAUCGGCUUUGGAGCACCUGUCCGUGCAAAUAUGAGGAGCAGUGGCUUGACUACUGCUGCAGUUACAUCAUCAUUGUUGGAAUCUGUUGAAAGUGAUGAUCUUAUUGCAUAUGGAUUAAUUCCUGAAUUUAUUGGGCGUUUUCCCAUUUUAGUUAGCUUAUCAGGCUUAAAUGAGGACCAACUUGUUGAGGUCCUCAUGAAGCCAAAAAAUGCUCUUGGUAAGCAGUACAAGAAAAUGUUCAGCAUGAAUGGGGUCAAAUUACAUUUUACUGAAAAUGCAUUGAGAUUGAUUUCAAAGAAGGCAAUGACUAAAAACACUGGUGCUCGAGGUUUAAGAGCCAUACUGGAAAAUAUUCUUACAGAAGCAAUGUUCGAGAUUCCAGACACCAAGAUGAAAUCUCAAGGUGUAAAUGCAGUUUUGGUUGAUGAAGAAGCUGUUGGGUCAGUUGAUGAAACAGGAUGUGGAGCUAAAAUUCUCUAUGGCGACGGUGAGCUGGACAGGUUUCUUGCGAAAAGAACAUGGAAGGAUUUUGUGACUGCUUGAAGAUGCUUGUGAGUAAGGUUGGUCGGCGACCUUAUGGGAGAAAAGGGUACCAGCAUAGGCCCAAGUUGUACUGGGAAGUUGGGGGGAUCUUGUGAAUACUAUUCUAGUCAUAUAGUGUAAGUAUAGUUGGCUAUUUAGGCUUAUUUGAUCAAGUGGUAAUGCUAGGGUGAUUCCUAUAGAAAUUUUAAGUUUGAGCUAAUGCCCUCACUUGUACCAAAAAUGAAAAUUAAAUGUGUAAAUAGUAGUUUUUCAUGUGUUUAUCAUUGCUAAUCAGUGAGUAGAGUUUUUGUUGGAAGAUUAAUCUGAAGUUUUUCGAAAUAUUG